UUGAAAAUUGCUAGAGUGGUCCAGCCACAUGUAUUCAGCAGUGUCUAAAGAAGAUGACUUCUAUGUUGGAUCUGUUCCAGAAAGACGCAAAGCUCGAGCUGCAAUUGCAUCUUGUGUAACUGCUUUAAGUUUGUUUUUUCUGCAUUGUUUAUUUGUCCCAAAUACUGAUCAGAUUGAAGUUAUUUAUGGUGACUUUAAUGAAAAAGGUGGUUCUGUGAUGAUGAUGAUGAUGGCCGUGACGUUUGCAAAUAUUUUGUAUAGAUUGUCUCUUUUAUUUGAAGAAAUAUUUCAUCUUGAUUCUAGACACAAAAAAAGUUUUCGAAUUAUGAUCCAGUUUGUUUUUAGUGUAAAUGAAUAUACUGACAAGAUCCUAAUGUUUAAUUUUGUCCUGUUCUUCCUGUUACUGAUUUUCAAUCAAGAUGUUUGUUCUUCAUUGUGGGUAAAACAUAGAAACAGCUGUUUUGGUAUUGUAAUAGUCCUGCCUGUCAUCUUUCAUUUUAGGCAGAAAAAUAAUGUGGAACUCGAUCAGAUCAGAGAAUACAACAAGCUUUUCUAUGGCUGCACUCUAGCCCGGUGGUAUUAUUAUGGAUAUUUGCGGAUUAUACUUCGACCAGAUGUUGGGUUAACACUUCAAGAAAGGAUCAAACUUUAUGAAGAUCACCACCGUGUUACUGUACCAGUGAAGAAGCUGAUCUUACUUCUUCCAGAAUCUUGUUUUAUUCACAAUAAUUUGGAACAACAUGGUGAUGAUAAUGUCCAGUGUGCUCAAGAACUACCACCUCUAGAACGUGAUAUGGCAGGGACACACAAAAGAAAUUACAAGAACACAGUGUAUCAGAUAAUUACAGACAAAAAUACAUCUGUAAGAUGUUGUGUGGAAGGAGUAACAACACUGUUGAGUUUGAGAGAUAUGUGUGAAGCUUCCAACUGUGGUCCUUCUCCAGUCAAGUAUACAGAAGAGCUGAUUAACUUCUAUCAUGAGCUCUCUCAACUCUUACAAGCUGACCCUGGUUGUGCCAAUAGCUAUGAACUAAUAAUUUAUAGAGAUAUUGUUGAUGGUCAGCCAGUAGCUCUUUCCAGUGUGAUAAGAAGAAAGAUUGAUGAAUGCCUAGUCAGGGAACGGAGAAGUGCCUGAUAAUUAAAGAAAAAUUUGAAGGAACCUAGCCAUCUUUUUUCGAAUACUUUGAUGUAAUAAUUCUAAAUUGUAUUAUAUAGCUAGUUUAAACAACAUAUGUAACUGCUUUAAUAGUGUUUUACCCCCACUUUACAUCACAAGACUGUCAAUAAUCAUUAUCUCUAAAAAUACUAGAAAUUACACACUUACAUCUAGACUUCAGGCUUUUGCUGUUGAUGGAUGAAGCACUGGAGGCCUACUUUGUUUUAUUGUAUUGACGAUUCAAAGUAUUAAUUUUUAUUUCAAAUAUACAAUUUAAAACAUACAGUAUUAUCAUGCAUAAAAUAUAGAAUGUUCUAAAAUACUGUAAAUUAACUGGCUUUCCAACUAAACUAUAAAUAGGUUAAAAUUUCAUGAGCUGGUCAAGCUGAACACUAGAACUCCAAAUAAUGAAACUGAGGCUAAAUAUUUAUUAAUCUCAUACCUAAACAAAUUAUCCUCCUGACAAGGAACAAUCUGCUCUUGAUAGUAGUUAUAAAUAAUCCAAUAGCAAAUUUUGGAGAGAAUUAUUCUCUUUCUUAUUUACAUCCCAGUCAAGCAAAAAGCUUGGAAACUGUAAAUUUACGUUAUAGCAUAACGAGCGUGUAACUGGAGGCACACUCAGAAGAUAAUAUAGGGGUAAAAAUAAAAUCUAAAAUGUUAAAUUCAUAGCAAAGAAAUGUCACAUCGUACAGAGAAGUGAAGACUGAAAAUUUAUUUAGAUUUAAAUUAUUAAAAAGGAACUUGUAGAGCAUUAAAAUUUGAAUUAUAAACUAUGUUUUGAUGGCAGCUUUACUGACAUACAUUGAUAAUAAAGUUGUUUAAAUUAUGAAUGUAACUUUAUAAAAAGGUUGUGACAUCUUGCACUUUGACCCUGCCAUUCAUUUUCUACCUUGUAGUCUUCAUUAGUUACACUUCUAACUGGUGUAGUUUUGAUUACCAUAUGGUUAUGUUCAUUGGACAUCUUAGGCCAUUGUGCUGUGUUGCAUAGUACUCUUUAAUAGUGAAUGGUAUAUAAAGAAGUUAGUAAAUUGAGGGAUUAUAACAAACUUCCUGAAAUAUGGGAGGGAUUCAUUAAAAAUGUACUAAGUUUAUUUAACUGCACAAAUAUAAAACAAAAUGUAAGUGUAGCUCAAACUUCUAGUCCUUUUUCUACUUGUAUGUGCCCAACAUCAUUCAGCCAGGCAUUAAUGACUACCCAGUAUUAUAUUAAACACUGGUCUUACUUAACCUUAAUUGUAGUGAUACCACUGAAGUUUUUCUAAUUUAUUCUGUCAGCUUGAACAUCCAUUCCUUGGCUGUUAUUUUUUCUCUUAUUAUUUUAUUAUGUUUCUGAGCAUGGUCUUGUGGUAAUGUGCCAUAACUGUAAAUCUGAGGAUUUGUAGUUUUCCUUACAUUACUGCAAAAUAUGCCCUGAGGCCAUGGUGUGCGAAACGCUAAUCCUACUAUUUGACCAGCGAUUAGCCAUAGAUUUUUUCAAUAGAUACUGAACCUGCUGUAUUUUGUGCAUGAGAAAGGAUGGCUAUUUUAAGAAAGCCCUUAUGUAGAUUUAUGUAAAAUUAUGAAUCAUUCAUUAUGAUUUACUGAACUUUAAUAUUGAAACAAGGUUCAGCUGCAUGUAAUCACUAUAGUACACUUGUAUAAUAUGUUGUUUUUGGUUUAUGUUUAUAUUUUGAAUUUGAGAAGCUAGAAUUAGUCUGUAGUAUAUUUUGUAAAUUUUUUUAUGUUUAAGAUAUAUGAAUGCUUGUCAUAUUGCUUUCAGUUUGAGUAGAAUAAUACUUACAAAUCUCUUAUUAGCUUCUGAAAUUUUUACUUGCUCAGUUAAGUAGAGAGUGAGGUGAAAAAGAAAAUAUUUUCAGUGCUUUAACACUUUGACAUUCUGUAAUUUGAACGGAAAUGGAUUGGAUGUGAUUUUAUUUUUUGUAAACAUUUUAAAAGUGUUAUUUAUGCAGAGAUGUUUGUAGCUCAUCUGACAUAAAAGAUUCUAAGUCAUCAAUGCCAUGUUUUCCAUUUCUCAUUCAUCCAUUAUAUUGUCACUUAGUUUAGACUUAAGUUCGCACCUUGAUUUUAUUGUUGACAUUAAUAUUCAAUAGCAUGAGGCUUCACGAAUGUGUUUGUUAUGCUUCACUCCAACGUUAAUUUAAAAUCUUUACAAACAAAAAAGAAUAAAUUUUAGUUUAAAAAUGUAAAUUAGGUUGUAAAUAAAACUUUCUGAAGAUAAUUCUUUCAUUGUGAAAUUAAUGUUCUAAAUUUAUAACUCAACUAGCUAGAGUACCCAUCCCCUGGAUGGAAGUUAUGUAAAUUCGUGAUUAAUGAAAGGUUAUCUUAGGACACAAAAAGGUGCUUCCCUUAUAUGUAAUUGUAAAAAAUGAAAAAAUCACAUAAAAGUUGCAAAGCAUUAAAUGUGAAACUGCAAGUUAGCAUGUAUCUCCACAUGGAUCCAACAAACCUUCAUGCCAAAUUUGGUGAAGAUCCAUCAGCAGGGGGUAAAGUAGUGGUAAAAAAUGCCCAUAAAAGCCUUAAAAUGUGAAACAGAACAAAUAACAGACAGUACUAUUAUGUUUGUAUUAGUACAGUUUUUAUGUUGGGUUUUACUCAGAAAACUCAAUAAGAAUGGAUGUAGCUAGGUAUAUAACUUUGGAUGGGCCCAGUGUUGCAAUGGAUGUUUUGAGUUUAGGGGUUUAAUUGCAUAUUUUUGUAUGUGAACAGUAAUAAAAUUGGUAUGCUUGUGUCAAGUAAAUGAUAUAAGACUAAACAAAGGAUCUGAGUUGACUUUUUACUUUUAACGUGGCUUUUGUAAA